GACACAUAUGUGUGUGUAUGCGUGUGCAUGUGCAUCUAUCUCUGUCUCUCUCUGUCUCUAUCUCUCCUUCCUCUUCUUGCGCAAGGACUUUUCGUUGUUUCUGUUUUGAAACGAUCGUAUACCCAGCUUCCUCACUUGCUUAUUGUGGGGUAAUUAUCCAUCCCCUCUUCUACAAUGACUACCCAACAUGAGUUUGCCGAGGAGCCCAUAGCCAUUGUUGGGUCGGCAUGCAGGUUCCCGGGCGCGUCUAACUCGCCUUCUAAACUGUGGGACCUGCUGCGACAGCCUCGUGACGUCUUGAAAGAAUUUGAUCCGGAUCGCCUUAACCUGCAGCGUUUCUACCACCCCGACGGUGAUGUACACGGAUCCACAGAUGUCCAAAAUAAGUCGUAUCUUCUCGAGGAGGAUAAUCGGUUGUUCGAUGCCCCGUUCUUCGGCAUCAGCCCCUUGGAGGCAUCGGGCAUGGAUCCACAGCAGCGUGUGCUUCUCGAGGUAGUUUAUGAAGCCCUCGAAUCGGCUGGCGUCACGCUUGAUCAGCUCAGGGGCUCGUUGACCUCGGUCCAUGUCGGGGUGAUGACUGCCGACUACGCCAACAUCCAGUUGCGCGAUCUAGAAACAAUCUCCAAGUAUGCCGCGACGGGGACGGGCAACAGUAUUCUCUCGAACCGCAUCUCAUACACCUUCGAUCUUAAGGGCCCCUCUGAGACCAUCGAUACGGCAUGUUCCAGUUCUCUCGUUGCCCUGCACCACGCGGCCCGGGGAUUGCUCAGCGGCGACAGCGAAGCGGCCGUCGUCGCAGGCGUCAACCUGAUUUUUGACCCUGCCAGCUACAUCACCGAGUCCAAGCUCCACAUGCUGUCUCCCGACUCGCGGUCCCGCAUGUGGGACGAGUCCGCAAACGGCUAUGCCCGCGGCGAGGGCGCGGCCGCCCUGCUCCUUAAGCCCCUCAGCCGGGCUCUGAAAGAUGGCGACCACGUCGAGGGCCUUCUCCGCGGCACCGGCGUCAACUCGGAUGGCCAGAGCCCCGGUAUCACGAUGCCUUUCGCCCCUGCACAGGCAGCGCUCAUCCGCCAGACCUAUCGCCGGGCUGGUCUGGACCUGGUCAAGGACCGGCCUCAGUUCUUUGAGUGCCACGGGACGGGGACCCCUGCCGGCGAUCCCGUGGAAGCGCAGGCAAUCAGCGAGUCUCUGUUGGCCGGCCAUGGCCACAAUCUAGCCACCGAGGAGCCCAUCAUCUAUGUGGGAUCGAUCAAGACCGUCAUCGGGCAUCUGGAAGGUUGCGCGGGCGUCGCUGGUGUCAUCAAGGCACUCCUUGCCCUCAAGAAUCGGACCAUCCCCCCCAACCUCUUCUUCAACAAACUCAAUCCGGCCAUCGCGCCGUACUACGGGCCUCUCCAAAUCGCCACGGCGGCACUCCCAUGGCCAGAGCUGCCCGCCGGGACCCCCGCCCGCGCCAGCGUCAAUAGUUUUGGAUUCGGAGGCACGAAUGCCCAUGCCAUUAUCGAAAGCUUCGAUAACGACAAUGCCAAUGUAAACGGAAGCUCCUGGGGACAGCGACACGAUCACGUCGAAGACGACCAAGACUCGGAUCACGAAGAGGGUAUUCUGGGCCCUCUCUUGUUCUCGGCUGCAUCGGGAGCAUCGCUGUUGGCAACAGUCCGCGCCCACCUGCAACAUCUGAGGCAUCACUCCUCGCUCGAUCUGCGGGAUCUGAGCUGGACGCUUCAAACAAGGCGGUCCACUCACCGAGUCCGGGCCCAUUUCUCCGGUGCAUCUCGGGAUUCCAUCUUGGAAAGCAUGGCCGGAUGGGUCACGGACCACGACAAAGCCGCGAGUUCCCAGGUCGGGUACCAGCCGCAGCUGAUCAACCCGAGCGAGGUCCCGGGGAUCCUCGGCAUCUUCACCGGGCAGGGCGCGCAGUGGCCGGCCAUGGGGCGGGAGCUGAUGAAGAAGUCGCCCCUGUUCCGCAGGACGGUCCGGGAGUGCGAGGCCACCUUGGGGGAUCUGCCCGUCGCCGCCGACGCGCCCGAGUGGUCGCUGGCGCAGGAGCUGAUGGCAGACGGCCCGUCCUCGCGGGUGUCCGAGGCGGAAAUCGCCCAGCCACUGUGCACGGCCGUGCAGAUCGCGCUGGUGGAUCUGCUGGCGGCCGCCGGCAUCACCUUCCAUGCGGUGGUGGGACACUCAUCGGGCGAGAUUGCCGCCACGUACGCGGCCGGGAUCAUCACGCUCAGGGGCGCGAUGCAGAUUGCGUAUUACCGGGGUCUCUACGCCGGGCUUGCUGUAGGUGCCAAUGGCGAACGCGGGGGCAUGCUGGCGGCCGGGCUGUCGCUCGACAAGGCUCUCCAAUUCUGCCGCCGUCCAGAGUUCCAGGGUCGCAUCCAGGUUGCCGCCAGCAACGCGCCCCAGAGCGUGACCCUCUCGGGGGACGUGGACGCCAUCCAUGAAGCGAAGCGGCAGCUCGACGCUGAUAAUGUCUUUGUCCGCCAGCUCAAGGUGGACACGGCGUACCACUCGCAUCACAUGGAGCCGUGUGCCGAACCUUACUUGCGGUCGCUGCUCGCCUGCGACAUCGAGGUUCGCCUACCGAGCCCCGGCGCGUGUGUCUGGAACUCGAGUGUGCGAGGCGACACGGAGCUCCUCAGGAGGGGUGACCUCUCGGCCCUGAAGGGCCCAUAUUGGGUGGCCAACAUGGUGCAGACGGUGCUCUUCUCCAAGGCCGUCGAGUCGUCCAUCUGGCACGGCGGUCCGUGGGACCUGGCCAUCGAGGUAGGCCCCCAUCCCGCACUCAGGGGCCCCGUCGAGCAGACCAUCAAGGCCGUAUUCAACUCCGUUCCGCUAUACACGGGCACGCUGAGUCGCAACAACAGCGACGUCGCGGCAUUCUCAGCCGCCGUGGGCGCCACGUGGGCGCAGCUGGGCCCGUCGUUCGUCGACUUUGACGGCUAUCGCGGGGCCUUCUAUGAGUCCCAACCACCACCGCCGGCCCCGAGGCUGGUCAAGGACCUGCCCCCCUACUCAUGGGACCACCACGACAACAAGGUCUACUGGCGCGAGUCGCGCAUCUCGCGGCGAUACCGCACCGGCAGGGACGGCGGCCACGAGCUCCUGGGCCGCCGGGCCCCCGACGAUAACGACCGAGAGCUGCGCUGGCGCAACGUGCUCCGGCUGCCCGAGAUGCCGUGGCUGCGCGGGCACGAGGUCCUCGGCGAGGUGUUGCUGCCCGCCGCCGCGUACGUGUCCGUCGCGCUCGAGGCGGGAAAGCGCCUGGCGGUGGCGGUCGGGGGCGGUGCGAAGCGCGUCCGGCUGCUCGAGGUCGAGAAUGUGGAUAUCCGCCGCCCCGUGGUUGUACCUGAUGAUAAGGACGGUGUCGAGACCUUGUUCACCAUGUGCUUACUGGAUAAUGACUCUGCUUCUGCUUCUCCUUCUUCCUCCCCAGCCGCCAGCGACGUCUUGCGGGCCCGGUUUGAGUACUACGUCUGCAAGGACGAAUCCAUCGAGUCCAUGAUCCACACCUGCAGCGGCAGUCUCUCUGUCCACCUCGGCCAUGACGACGCCACGCAUUCCAGGUCCGGGGAGGAGCAGGCGGAAUGCUUGCCGCCCAGAGAUGCGGUGCCCCCAAACCUCGGCAGUGUCGACGGCGGGCAGGUCUACUCCAUGUUUGGAGAGCUCGGCCUCAAAUACUCCGGGGCUUUCCGCGCUAUCACAGACAGCAGUCGCUGCCUCAAUUAUGCCACGGCAAGGGGCAGCUGGCCCGAGGGAUUCUUGAGCCACCACUACGUCGUCCACCCGGCCCUGCUGGACGUGGCCUUUCAGACCGUCUUUGUCGCCCGUGCACACCCGGCCAGCCGCCAGAUCACCUCGGCCUUUCUACCGGCACACAUCGACCGAGUCCGAGUUAGUCCCUCGGUUGAAAUCCUACCACCAUCAUCUCUCUCGGACGGUGGCGGCAACGUCGCCGCCGAGUUCGAAGCCUGGAUCGUCGCGCAGACGGCAUCCUCGCUCACCGGAGACCUAAACGUGUACGACGCCGGGACCGGCCAGACGUUCCUGCAGGUCGAGGGCCUCGUCGUCAAGCUGAUCGGCGAGCCGGACGCCGCGCAGGACAGACACGUCUUCUCCAAGACGGCGUGGGCGCGCGACGCCUCGCUCGGCCUGGCCGACCCCGUGCGCGACCCCGUCAAGGAAGUCGAGGCCCUGCGCAAGACCGAGGCCACGGAGCGGUUCGCGCUUUUCUACAUGAGGCGCGUCGUGGAGCAGAUCGGCGCGCCGGAAAGGACCGCGUUCCAGUGGUACCACCAGCGUAUGUUCGAGGCGUUUGAGCAGCGCCUGGACGCGAUCCGGGAGGGGCAGAAUAGCCUGCUGCCGAGCAGCUGGCUGGCAGACGAGGUGUCUGUCAUUGAAGAUAUAUACGCCGCGAAUCCCGAGUGGGUCGAUCUGCAGCUGAUUCGUGCCGUGGGUGAGAACCUCGCGGGCGUCGUCAGGGGGGAGACGCAGUUGCUGGAGGUCAUGAAUAGGGAUGACAUGCUGAAUCGCGUGUACAUGGAUAGCGAGACGUUUCUCAUCAACGAUGCCAUUGCCGGUGUCUUGAGGCAGAUCACUUUCAAGUUCCCGCGCUGCAACAUCCUCGAGGUCGGUGCCGGUACGGGGGGCACGACGUGGAGCGUUCUGAACACAAUUGACGACGCGUACGACUCGUACACCUACACCGACAUCUCGUCCGGCUUCUUCCAGAAGGCGACCAGCAAGUUCUCGGGAUUCGCAGACAAGAUGGUCUUCAAAACGCUAGACGUGGAGAAACCACCCUCGGCGCAGGGCUUCAGCGAGCAAGCGUACGACGUCAUCAUCGCAGCAAACGUGCUCCACGUCACCCGCUCCCUGCACACGACGAUGCGAAACGUCCGCUCGCUGCUCCGCCCGGGCGGCUACCUGGUCAUGAUGGAGACCACGGGCCUGCAGAGCAUCCGCGGCCAUCUCGUCUUCGGCGGCCUCCCCGGGUGGUGGCUGAGCGAGGAAGCUGGCCGGCGACUAGGGCCGGUGGUGCCCGCCGCCGACUGGGACGUGAUCCUGCGCGAGACGGGCUUCUCAGGGGCCGGCACCGUCAUGCACGACCUGGCUGACGCUAGCAAGCACACCACCUCGCUCAUCGUCAGCCAGGCCGUGGACGAUGCCUGGCUGCGCCUGCGCGAUCCGCUGUCCUGGAUAGGCGAGCUUCGGCCCCCUAGUACCGCUGAGCCGCUGCUGCUCGUCGGCGGGAACAAGCCCUGGACGUCCCAGGUGAUGGGGGAGAUCCUGAGACUACUUCCGGGGCCGUGGGGACGUCACGUGCGGGUGGCCGGCAGCAUCGAUGACAUCGAUCCGGCCGGGCUGACCCCGGGAGUCGGCGUGAUUUGCCUGCACGAGGCUGACGAUCCCUUGUUCGCCACGCCCAUGACGGCAGAUCGAAUGUCCAUUCUGCAGAGCCUCUUGAUAAACACGAGAGUUAUGCUGUGGGUCACCGGUGCAGGCAGGUCCGGAUCCGGGUCCCCAUCCCAGAUAAUGGAUCCGCGGGCGGCCAUGUUUCACGGCAUCGCACGCGUGGCCCCCACGGAGCUGCCGCACCUACAAGUGCAGGUUCUCGGCCUUGAUAUCGGAGCAGCACCGGCCGCAGUGGCUGGCAAGCAGUGCCUCGAAGCAUUCCUCCGGCUAAGAGAGUCGGAGAAUGACGACGACGACGGUGACAAGCCUCGGGUUUUGUGGUCGCAUGAACCUGAAGUCGAGGUUCUAGCAGACGGGAUUUUCAUGAUCCCGCGCGAGGUGCCAGACAAGGCCCUGAACGAGCGGUACAAUUCCUCGAGGCGGGCCGUCACCAAGACUGUGGACGCGACUGAUGUUGCCGUCCGAGCUGUUGCGGGACCUGCCAACAAGAUGGUGCUGCAAGACGCUGCAGACAUGGACAUGCAGCCCGCUGAUGACGACGAAGAUCAAGAGUUGCCGGUUGGUCCCAACCGCACUCGUAUCCAAGUCAAGUACUCCCUACAUAUCCCCUCCGAGAACGGAAAGGGUGUCUAUCUCGUCUGUGGGCACCAUCAAGAGAGUGACACGGUGUCAUCCUCUCCGGUCAUGGCAAUAUCCAACACCAACGCCUCCGUCGUCGACGUGAAGCCGGGGGUGCCCCUGGUCGCCAUCGCCGACCAUGACUGCACGCCAGCCGUUCUCGUCUCCACCGCCAGCCGCAUGCUCGCGCGAGCCAUCGCCAUUUUGGCAAGCCAACAAGCCCCCCCUCGCCCGGUGUUCCUGUACGCGCCUGAGGAAUCACUGGCUACCAUGGUCGCCGCCGAGCUCGAGCUCGCGCUCAAGGGAGGUGGCGAAGGUGGCGGCCAGUUCCAGCACGCCUAUUUUGCGUCUUGUAGCCCAGACACCCCCGACGCAUGGAUCAAGAUGCAUCCACGCGCCUUGAAACGAGCUGCGCUAAUGGCAAUGCCCCGUCAUGUCCAGCUCUAUGUUGACUGCGUCGGAUACUAUUCGUCCGCUGCAGAGAACCCUAUGGGCGAUACGCUUCGAGCCUGUCUGCCGCCUGGCUGCGUGGCGAGGCAGCUCGACGCACGUCUUAUACAGGAAGCAGCCCUUAUCUCUGGCCAGGCAGCGGCACUGCUUGAGGGAUCAUAUUUGCAGGUCAAAGGAUUUUCUUCCGGCGCUGAUGUCAACAUCUGCGACUGCAAGCUGUUCAAGGCUGCCGAGCUCGCAGGCGCCUCUGUGUCACCGCUUAUGCACACGAGGUUCAUAACCGACUGGCAGGAGCGAGAGUCACUACUCCUGACCACCCGGCCUCUCGAUCCACGAGGUCUGUUCAAGCCAGAUAAGACGUAUCUGAUGGUCGGAUGCGCGGGGGGCCUGGGUCUGUCUAUAUGCUGGUGGAUGAUGCGCAAUGGCGCUAAACACAUCGUCAUCACGAGUAGGAACCCGCAGGUAGACGCGAGACUUCUUGAAGACGCACGCCGACUUCACGGUGCAUCGCUACGAGUCACUGUCAUUGCCAUGGACGUGUCCAACAAGGACUCGGUCCAGCAAGUCGUCGCCCAGCUGGCGCAGGAUGCCAACAUGCCCCCAGUCGCAGGCAUAUGCAACGCCGCCAUGGUCCUUGCAGACAAGCUCUUCGUAGACAUGGAUGUCGACCAGCUCAACAGCACGCUAGCGCCCAAGGUAUGCGGCACGUCGCACCUGGACGCCGCCUUCGCCGAAGUGCCGCUCGACUUCUUCGUCGUGCUCUCGUCGACGGCCGCCGUCAUCGGCAACGUCGGGCAGGCCAACUACCACGUGGCCAACCUCUUCAUGGCGGGCCUCGUGGCGGCGCGGCGCGCCCGCGGCCGCGCCGGCUCCGUCGUCCACGUCGGCCACGUCGCUGACGUCGGCUACGUGAUGCGCCAGGACCGCGGGCGCGGGCUCGAGCAGCACUUCCGCGACAUACGCCUGAUGCCGCUGUCCGAGACGGAGGUGCAUCACGCCUUUGCCGAGGCCGUCAGGGGUGGGAGGCCUGGCGGCGGGGGAGGAUCGCACGAUAUCAUCAUGGGCCUCGAUCCGCCCACCGAGCCGCCCGCACCCGGGAAGACGUGUGUCUGGCUGUCCAACCCGCGCCUGGGACACUUUGUGCCGUUCAGCGCGCUGCAGACGGAGCAGCAGGAUCGCGCGGCGACGAACAUGGGCGGCGUCCGACGGCGGGUCGAGGAGGCCCGGUCCGAGGACGAGGCGGUGGCUGCGGUGCUGGAGGCUUUCUGCAGCAGACUGGAGUCGAUCCUGCAGCUGCCGGAUGGCAGUGUCAAGGAGAAUGUUCGGCAAGCCGUCAUUGGGUUGGGAAUCGACUCGUUGGUGGCGGUCGAGCUGCGGACUUGGUUCCUCAAGGAACUGGGGGCCGACGUGCCUGUGGUUAAGAUCCUUGGAGGUGACACUGUCUUGCAGCUGUGUACAUUGGCGGCUAAGAAAAUGAUGGCCAAGAAUAUGAAGAAGAAGGCUCAGGAGGUGGUGGUGCAGCAAGACGUCUCCGAGACAGAAAAUACUACGCCUGCGGAUUCUGCAGUUUCCAGCAGAGGAAACAAUUCCAGCGAAACGGAAGCGUCGUCUAGCACCAAGACGGAGCUCAGCGACGCCGAUGCCGCCUCGGAGCGCUCCAGUAGCUCCCCCGCAGCCGUGGGCGCAGUCAAACCGCCUCACGAGACGACGCACCACCAGCAAAUGUCACCAGCCCAGGCCCGCAUCUGGUUCAUGUCCAAGCACUUCUUAGCAGACCCGGCGGCCUACAACAUGGUUUUUCAUUACCACGUCCAAGGCCCCCUCAGCAUGGCCCGACUUCGACAUGCGCUCCACGCGACAACGCACCACCACGACUGCCUCCGGAUGCGCUUCUAUGCGCGCCCGGGGGACGGGGUUCCCAUGCAGGGCGUCAUAGCUGCGCCCGCCUACGACCUGAAGCAUGUGCGCGGGGCGGACGAGAGCGACGUGCACAGGGAAGUGGGCCGGCUCAAGUCGAGGGCGUGGGAUCUCGAGAACGGGGACACGUUUGGGGUGACGGUGCUCAGCCGGGGCGACGCGGAAGAGCAGCACGACAUCGUCUUCAGCUACCACCACAUCGUCAUGGAUGCCACGGGCUGGCACGUGUUCAUCCGUGACCUGGACAGGGCGUACCGCAUGCGUCUGCUAGACAAGACCGCGGCAGGCUCCCACCUUGAGUACUCCGCGCUGCUGCAGGAGCAGGAGAAGUCGGGCGCGUUCGACGAGCACCUCUCCUUCUGGCAGGCCGAAUUCGAGACCCUACCCGAGCCCCUGCCCCUACUACCCGCCUUCGCCCGCCUACCCGCCCGCCCCGCAGACCCGACCGGCGAGGGCAGCCAUCACCAAAUGCGGGAGCUCCAGCCGGCGCAGUUCGCGGCCAUCAAGGAGACAUGCCAGGGUCUCAACAUCAACCCGUUCCACCUCCACCUGGCCGUCCUGCAAGUCCUGCUCGCCCGCCACGCCGGCUCCGAAGACGUCUGUCUCGGCGUCGUCGACGCAAACCGCAGCGGCGACGCGCGCUUCGCCCAGACGGUUGGCUGUCUCAUCAACAUGCUCCCCGUCCGCUUCCGCGUGCCGCGCCACGCCGCCUUCUCCGACGUCGCCCGCGCCGCCUCCGGGAAGGCCCUCGCGGCGUUUUCCCACGCCGCAGUCCCGCUGGAAAUGGUCCUGGAUAGGGUGAGGGCGCCCCGGUCGCCGGACUGCACUCCCCUGUUCCAGGUGGCCGUCAAUUAUCGCACGGGCUCGAUCGACGACCUGCCGCUGGGCGAUGAGUGCCGGAUGAGGUUGGCGGGGGGGAAGGACGCCGAAGACCCGUACGAUAUUAGCUGGGGCUUUAUCGAGGGGGGUGCGAGGUGUGCCGUGCAAAUGCACUGCCAGGCGGCGUUGUACAGCCGUGAGGCCUGUGAGGCCAUGCUGGACGAGUAUUUGGGUCUGCUGGAGAGGGUUCUGAUGGAUCCUGAAGUGCGGGUGGAUCAGUGCGGGAUUUGGAAUCACGAUAUCCCAUCCACGGUAUCCACCGCCACUGCCACCGGCGGAAGACUCGAUGGCCGGGAGCCUGUCGAUACGACCCACCCGCCGCAGAGAGAGAUAGAAGCCGCCGAUGACGAGAUGACCGUGGGCGAGGGUGAGCUGCGGCUCCUGUGGGAACGCGUCCUUCCCGAGAGCGAGACGCGCAUCAUCGCCCCGUCCGCCGACUUCUUCUUGUCCGGCGGCAAUUCACUGCUGCUGAUGCAGCUGCAGGCCGCCAUCAGGGAGUCUGUGGGUGUGGCGGUGGCGACGCGGGCCCUCUACGGGGCUAGUACGCUGCGGGAGAUGGCUCGAUGCGUCGAUGAGGAGCGACACCCGUGCUGAAGGGAUUGGUUGAGAAUCAGAGAGAGACGUAAGGGUUAUGACGGGAUUAUAUAUGGGGUCUGUUGGCAUGUACUAGUCCUUUGGCAGUAUUAAAUUGGCUAGGGAAACUCGAUUCUUCCAAAUCGGUUUUAUUUCAACUAGCUACCAGGCACCAUCCUAGGAACUUCAUUUUCCACCCUUACUAAGUUCUUGUCCGGGGACAUUACAAGACACCACACCCCCUAUGGAGUUGAGCAUGUAAAGGAUAAAGAGGGAGGAACGACAGAAAAUGAUUAGCAAGAAUCCUGUAUUUACUACCAUGUGAGCAAGCCAAGCUACAUAGAGUUUCAACCA